GUUUUUAUGAGACACAGUUCUCUUUUUUUUCGUUGAAUUAUUCGGUUAAGUCCCAUAAAAUCUUUCAAUCUUAUUGAAAAUUAUCAGUAUGGAAAAAUAUUAAUGUCCUGAAUUCAAAUUGGACUCUCGAAAUGCCCAUAACUUUGCGGAACGAUUCAUAAUUUCCCCUGGAGGGAUUAUCAUUCCCCAGCCUUCACCAGGUUCUGCAUUUAAUCUCUUUUAAUCCUCUGAAAAUUUCCACCCGUUAACAAUUUUCGUUUAACAAUGGGUAUGAACCUGACCAAAACACAGCGAGCAGCUUUAAAAACAUCAUGGCCCAAAGUGAAGCCCAAUGCGACUAAAGCCGGUGUUCAAGCUUUUGUCAAGUUGUUUGACAAGCAUCCCAAGUACAAGGACAAGUUUUACAAAUUAAAAGACAUCCCCAAUGAGCAGUUGCCGACCAACAAAGCCCUCGCCUGUCACUCACUCAUGUUCACUCGCGCCAUUGAGACUAUGGUUGAGAAUGUCGACGACAAGGACAUGAUGGAAGAGAUUUUGCUGAGAUUGGCAUACAGACAUAUUCGACUGGACCUUUGUGACAAAGACCUGCAGCGAGUGAGUGACCUUUUCAUUGACCAACUGGACAAAAGUGAACAUCAAAUCUGGAAGCAAGCUUUUCACAAGCUGAAUCCACAGAUUGGAAUCUUUUUGGACAGCCUGAAGCGAGAAGGUCAUCAUCCCAAGUACAAGACCAAGUUCUGGAGAAUCAGGGAUGUUCCCAGUGACAAGCUGAAGGGAAACAAGGCCCUGCAUUGCCACUCACUCAUGUUCACCAGGGCCAUUGGGGCCAUGGCUGAGAACAUUGAGGACAAGGAGAUGAUUGAUGAAGUGCUGCAAAGGCUGGCCUAUAGGCAUUUGCGUUUGGACAUUGACGAGAAGGACUUGAAGGUGGCAACUGACAUUUUCGUCAAGGAAAUGGGUUCGUCGGGUGACAAGGUGUGGCAGGCUGCUUUUGACAAGAUGAAUCCCAGAAUUGGAAAGUACAUGAAGGACUUGGAGAAGGCU